AUGUGCGUCUUGGAAUGUGUCAGAUUGAAAUUCAUGGCAAGCAAGCGCCCGGCGCCAUUUGCCGAUCUGCGUCUGACCUACCGGCCUAAUCAACUAUACCAAUCUAUAACUGCGAAUCGGAUUCCCUCUGCUUCUGUACCUUGGAGCCCACCAUUGUUUUUCCCAGCCCAUUCUCGCUGUGCCCAUACCGCCCUUCGAAGGCCAUACAAGAUUGAAAUUGGUGUGUCAUUUGCUGGUAAACCGGCAUUGGAUGCACAACAAUUGCCCAAGAAGAAAACCAUUGCAUUUUCACGGGACCACCCGAUCGCACAGUGGCGUAAUGGCCUGUUGAAGUGGGAAAAUAAAAAACUGAGGUCUGUAUCAGCUGGGGAAGAUUUCUUUUAUGUUACACAAUCGAUCAACAGCUCUGGGGUCUCACUAGGAAUUGCAGACGGGGUUGGUGGAUGGAGUGAAGACGGAGUGGACCCAUCGCUAUUCUCACAGGCAUUGAUGUACUAUGCAAGCAAGCAUGCGUCCUCUUCUUGGGCUGGCGAGCCUGAUUUUGAUCCAAUCGAAGGGACAAGUAAACCCGAAAAAAGUGGCCAGUCGCUAUCUCCCGUCGACAUAAUGUCACUGGGGUAUGAAGAUGUAUUAAACGAUCCGUCUAUUGAAUGCGGGUCAAGCACAGCGUGUAUUGUAAACAUCGAUGCCCAAUCGGGCAAACUCCUAGCAGCCAAUCUGGGAGACUCGAGCUUUUCAAUCUUGCGUUCAUCAUCAAUUUUCCACGAGCAGAAACCCCAGACUCAUUACUUCAACUGUCCCCGGCAACUGGCAAAGCUACUUCCCACCCAACGACCUCACCUUCGAAUAACUGACCGGCCAGAGCAUGCGGAUACAUUUUCAACGCAACUACGGCAUGAGGAUUUGAUAAUACUAUCCACAGACGGUCUAGGUGAUAACGUACAUCCAGGGGAGAUCCUUGCACUUGCUUCCCUCCUUCGACGAGGAACCGCAGAUCAACCCGGCGUAAACUUUGCACAAGUUUUUGCUGACAAGCUAGUCGAAUAUGCUGUAGGAUUGGCUGCUCAAGACGAAGGGUUCAAACAUGUAGGCGGGAAAAUAGAUGAUGUAACGAUUGUAACCGCUCGUAUCGUGGAGAACAUAUAA